AUGCCUCAGAAUACCCUCAACAUCGUGUUGGACUUUGACGGUACCAUCACGACAAAGGAUACAAUUGGCGCAUUGGCAGAAAUCGGCCUCCAAUUCCAGCAGCAGCGCGGAGUCGAUCUCUCUUCGAAGUGGCAGCAGAUCCUGCUAGAUUACAGCAAAGACCAUGCAGACCAUUUGUCCACAUAUCUUCCAAUCGCGGAUGACAGAUCCUCGCUCAAAGAUGAACUCGACUUCUUGCGGGGUCUGAAGGAAGUUGAGAUGCGGUCAGUACAGAGAGUUGAGAGCUCAAGCAUCUUCAAGGGCGUCAGCUGGGAACAUCUUACACUUGCCGGUGUAACUUAUCGAAAGGAAGGCAGAGUCAAGUUGAGAGAUGGUUUUGCGGAUCUCAUGGAUGCUGCUACAGAGAAGGGCUGGUCCGUCGCGGUAGUCUCCGUCAACUGGUCUAGAUCAUUCAUCAAGGGUGUCCUAUCGGAUUAUAGCGUCGACAUUGUCGCUAAUGAGAUCGAGUUGGAUGGUAGCAUCUCAGGGCCUGAAGUAGCGGGCUCACCGACAGUGCGGCCGUCCCUCAUGACGUGCGAGGACAAGCUGCAAGCCCUUCGAACAUUAGCAGCUCGGCGAGGAACGGAGGAUAUUGAGACGCUGUGGUAUUUUGGCGACUCCACUACAGAUAUCGAGUGUCUUUUGGCUGCCCGAGGGAUUGUGAUAUCGUCCGACGCCGAGUCGAGUUUGAUAAGGACUCUGAGGAGAUUAGGGUAUCAAGUGCCAAAGGUGGAGGAUGUUGGGGCGCCCGAAGGCAUAGCAUGGGCAUCAACCUUUGUAGAGGUCCUGGAAAGUGAAUCCCUGUCUCUUAAGAAGUCCACAUAG